CUGACUUUAAAAUUGCGUGAAUGGGACAUUUUACUGGCUGGACUGGGGAAGGGCAUUCAAUACAGAAAUUGCUGGAAUGUAUAGGAGAAUUUGCCGAAAACACUCAGCGGCUCAGGCAGCUCCAGUCAACGAAAAUUAAUUUCUGUGUCCUUUUUUAAAAAUUGUUUCAUACCUAACAACGAACUGAUUUUUUUAAAAAAGAGACUGGUCAAGGAGAGAGUGCGUCUAACAUCAGUAAUAGAUGUGAAAUGUUUAUUCCCAGGGAGAUGGCCACAGAAGGCGGGUGAGAUUUUGAUCGAGAAGGCAGUGCAAUGCACAACAUGAGCAGCUGCUGCUCACCUUUCGCUUCGGUCAUGGCGGCGGAGGAAGAGGAGGUGGAGGUGGAACCGGGACCGGGACCAGGACCAGCCGACAAGGAGAUGGCCCAGAGCCUACACACCCUGCUCAACGCGCUCAGCCGCUUCCACCGGCAGCUUCAGAGUCUGCCAGCACAUCUCAACCCAGGGCACCUUAGUAGCUUACUCCAACAACAUAUCCUUGAUUUACAGUAUGUUUCAGAUAAGCUGAAAUUAAUGACGAGAAAAGACCUAUCUGGGAGUGGAAACAGAGGAGAGACUAUGCUGCUGACAAAACCUGAUAAUUAUUCCAAUUUAGCAAUGACUGGCCAUAAGCAAAUUUCAAAUAAACCAAUUAAUCUAAAAACAAAAGUAUUUCUAAAUGAUGCUCAAAACAAGUAUGAAGGACAAGAUGAACCAAAAAGCCAGACUGAUACAGAAUUGGUUCAAAUCAAGGCAAACAGAGAUGAAAUUGAAAGACGAAUUUCAGCAUUCAUGGAGAGAAAGCAGGCAGAGAUUAAUGAAAAUAACAUUCGUGAAUUCUGCAACGUUAUUAAUUGUAAUCAAGAAAAUAGCUGUGCUAGAACAGAUGCAGUCUUCACACCGCAUCCUGGUUUCAAAAGUCAUAUAAAAGUUUCAAGAGUUGUGAAUACGUAUGGGCCCCAGACAAGGACUGAAGGUGUGGAAGCAUCUCUGCAAAAAUGUGAAACUAUGACACAAAAUUGUGGUAACCCUGCUGUUGAAGAGAGGCUUCACAAUAUGGAAACUCACUUGAAGCUUCCAACAGAUGGUCCAGUUCCAAUUGAUAUUUAUCAAAGAAUCAAGAGGCUGGAAGAUAGAAUUCUUCAUUUGGAAGGUCUUUCUCCAGAAUAUUUUCAACAUGUGUCCACCUGCACAAGAUGCCUUUUCAAUGCAGUGAAGUUAGUGCUCAUCCAGAAUUUUCCAAGCAAAAGGCGUAAAGUUCAUGAAACAAUUCAGGGCUACAGUCUGAUAGAAAUUGAUGAGAAGAUUAAUGAACUGAAGGCAGUGCUGUUGCAGAAAGCAAAUGACCAGACUCUACCAACAGAAGCUGACAAGAUGCCUAUGAAAUGAAAGCCUGCUGAAGUGAUGCAAUUGUCAUUCAAAUGCUGCUAUCUGAAGUCCGUAGUCUGGAUUGAAAAUGUUAGUUUGGCUCUUAUAAAGUUAUUUGCUCGUUCUAGUUCUCCGAUAAAUGGGAAAAGCAGCCAUUACUCUUCAGAAGUGGUCAGAAUAGGGGAGUCUGAGAAAUAUUUGUAUCCCACUACUCAGAAUAAACAGAAUUUGUGUUGUGGCA